AGGGAAUGCCCUGAGGAAUGCCACGAAGCUAUCUCCACUUUGAUGUUUUCUACAACAAGCUUUCCUGAUCUGCCAGAAAUACGCGAACUAAGAAGUUUAUUUGCUGACAGAUAUGGAAAUCAUCUUGAACCUUAUAUCAACAAAGAGUUUGUCAAGAAAUUGAAGGCAAACCCUCCCACUAAUGAUAUGAAGCUUCAAAUGAUGCAAGAGAUUGCACAGGAAUGUGGUAUAGAGUGGGAUUACAAGGCUUUUGAACAGAAAUUGAAAAAAACAACAUCCAUUUGA